GCGUAACAUCUGCAGCUAUCUGGAAACCAUAAAGCCAAUGGGCUGAGGAAAGCAGAACAGCAUCUAGGGCUGUAAUCACAGAAACAAACGUUAGUAAGGGAUACUUAUUGAGCUAUAUUCACCCAUGCUAUAGUGUGUGAGUACAAAGGGGUACACACGCCAUCACAUAGAACUUUUUAAAAACCAUAUGUCUUAGGAACUUACAGAAAGUAUGCUUAUACACCACAGGUGGGACUCGAUAGGAAUCCUGCAGUGUUAGUGGAUUGGCUUCCCCAUAGCUCUAAGCCACAACUAUAGAAGUGUCUCUAGCUGUCAGCUCCGAGUUUGACUUGGUGGGGGGAAACCAAACCAAACCUUUGGAAAAGAUAAGCUGCUACCGCUAUUUCAGGUAGAAGUGUUUUAAAGAUAAAUGCUUUAUAUAUCUUGUUUUCUUUUAAGGUAGGAUACUAAAAACGACCAAACCACAUUCUCUGCACAUGGCCUUUCUUUCCUGGCCAAUACGCUACAGAGCACAUCCUAGAUUGUUUCCAGUACAAUACAAUGUAGUCACAGCAGCUGUCUCCUCCAACAAGAGCUGCAGAAGCCGGUGGUGAAAAAGCAAGCAAACAAAAAUUUUUUAAGACACUGGCUCAUAAUUAACUACCAGAAGCACCAGGAGCCAUGGCUUGGAUACCCAAACGGGUGCAACCCAGCCUCUGACUCCUUUUGCUACUCGUGCUGACCUGGAUCUCUAGGCCACAGCGCCCCUGCAGCGCCCCCGCCGAGGGGCCGGGGCACCUGGGACUCAGCGGGACCCGCAGCCGCCGCCUCCUCCCGCGCUUUACGCCCCAUCCUCGCGGGCGCGCAGCCCCCGGGCGCCCCGCGGAGCAGCCGCAGCUAAUGCGCAGGCGCCGAGCCGUGUAACGGCCGCCGCGCGUGCGAGGGUCGCAGCCAAUGGGGGCGGGCGGCGCCGGCGCCAAUCCGAGGAGCCAGAGUGGGCGGGGCGCCGUUCAAACGCGUUCGAAGAGGUUCCCGGUGUGUGGUGGACCCGCUCCGGUCUCUCUCGUCGCUGUUGAGCAAGAACUGGAACAAGAUGGUAUCUGUGCUCCAAAAUGUCAAGGCAACAAUGGCUUGGAGGAAACACCAGCUCCUGGCUGACUUGGAUGAGAAUGAGAGCCCUGUACCUGAUAAACUCAAGAGAAGGGCUUCUUUGAGUUCCCUCAAUACCAUCCGCAUGUCUCUAAGGAAGCGAGUACCGUUAAAGCAAGUAGAGCUGAAUUUUCAUAAGACCACAACUUGGGAAAGUCUGGAAGCAAGACAGAAGAGCCAGCCUCUUCAGAGUAUUAAAAGAACAGCAAAAAAUGCUUUUGGAACGAUGUCCCAGAAAAUACAGAAGUCUUGCCAAAGCCCAGUACACUCAAUGGCGACCUUUCCAGCUGAAUCCAUCAGCAGAAGCUGUGCAACCAGUUCUACCAAAACCAGAAAUACUGCACCUCAAACCCCUUGCCGUAGGAAGAGUGUUACUUCAGCAGCCGGUUCCAAAGGCACCCCAAGGUCCAGCAGAAGAGCUUUGCUUGGGCCAGCAAGGGCGUCAGAACACAGAGUGUGGAGGGGUUUCUCAUCCUGGCUUGGUAAAGAUGCCAUUGCUCCCCAGAGAUCAAGAAGAACAGCAGCACUGAAGAGCCCUUAUUUAUCACCUGCUUUUACCAGCAGAAGGAUCUCCUGCGCAGAGAACAGCGAAGGCAGCCUGGCCACGCCCCCUCCGGCUGACCGCGCCCCCCGCUCCGGCUGACCGCGCGUGCCCCCCCCCCCCCCCGCCGCAACUCGGCUGACCGCGCCCCCCCCCCCCCCCCGCUUCUCCGCCUGACGGCGCCCCCCAACUCCGGCUGAUGGCCCGCCGCCCCCCCCUCCGGCUGACCGCGCCUCCACUGCACACCAUGGCGGGGAUGGGGUGGGGGGGAUCACAAGGGUCUAUGGGGCGGUGUGGGGGUCAGGGCGGCUGUGGGGUCAAUGGGGUUGUUGUGGGGUGAAACACCCCUGAAGAGGCUGAACACCCUGCAGGUGAGUGAACUACACAGUGCCCCACAGUGCCCCAUAGCACCUCCACUUUGCCCUAUGGAUCCACAACACUGCCCCACAGCACCCUAUAGCUCCUGCUUGCUAUCCCACAGCACCCCAUGGCUUCUCCACUCUGCCCCAUAUGUCUACAGCAGUGCCACAGAGUACCUCAUAUGUCUUCCACUCUGCCCCAUGGGUGCAGAGUGCUGGCCUACAGCACCCUAUAGCUCCUGUACUCUGCCCCAUAGAUCUACAGUGCUGUCCCACAGCACCCUAUAGCUCAUCUGGCCUAUAGACCCACUGUACUGCCCCACAAUGCCCCAUAGCUCCUACACUCUGCCCCAUAGACCCACAACACUGCCUCACAACACCCCAUUGCUCCUGCACUCUGCUCUGUAGAUGUCCAGUACUGCCCCACAGCACCAUAUAGCUCCUGUACUCUGCCCCAUACAUCCACAGGAGUGCCCCCCAGCACCCCAUAGUGACUCUACCCCAUAGACCCACAGUGCUGCCCCACAGGACUCUACUCUGCCCCUUAGACCCAGAGAGCUGCCCCACAGCAGCCUGUAGGUGCUGCGUUCUGCCCCAUUGGUGCAAAGUGCUGCCCCACAGCGCCCCACACCUCUGUCCACCUGACCACCCUUCCCUCCUGACUGCGCCUGCACUGCCCACUAUGGGUGGGUCACAAGGGUCUAUGGGGCUGUGUGGGGGUUGGGGGGCUAUGAGGUCAAUGGGGUGGUUGUGGUGUGAAACACCCCUGAAGAGGGUGAACCCCCUACAGGUGAGUGACCCACACAGUGACCCACAGCAGCCCAUAGCCCCUCUGCCCUAUAGAGUCACUGCACCCCAUAGCUGCUUUUACUCUGCACCAUAAAUGACAGCAGUGCUCCACAGCACCCUAUAUCUCCACUGUGCCCCAUAGACACACAGUGCUGUCCCACAGCACCCCAUAUCUUGUUCACUCUGCCCUAUAGACCCACAGUGUAACCCUAGAGCACCCCAUAGUUCCUCUGCCCUAUAGAUCAACAGCACUGUCCCAGAAAACACCAUAGCUUCUUCCCACUAGCCCAUAGGCCAGCAGUUCUGCCCUACAGCACACUGUAGCUCCUGCACCCUGCCCCAUAGACCCACAGCAGUGCCCCACAGUGCCCCACACAGCUGGUCUGCCCUAUACAUCCACAGCACUGCUCUGCAGCACCAUAUACUUCCAGCACUCUGCCCCAUUGAUAUGUAGCACCCCACAGCUUCUGCAUUCCACCCAUAGAUCGACAUUCCUGGGUCCCCUCACCCCACCAGCUGUCCUGGGUUGCGAUGCUGCACGGGGCCCUGUGCACAACAAAAUGAGGACAGCAUGGCUGCUGGGCGCCACCCUGCUUGGAAUCCAAGAUGGCUGGGGGGGAGGGCUGGCAGCCAUGCUGGCACUGCCGGAGGGGCUGUUGGUCUGUGCCGUGCUCAGGCGGCAGCUCCCGGCUGUAUCGGCUGCUCCUGUAGCCCUGCACCCUGCCCAUGGGAACAAGGUGGCUGCCCUGAUGGGCGUGGCCAUCUCGGCUGCUGUGUCCCUGCUGGUGGGCGGGGCCAUGACUGUCAUGGCUGCCAAGCCUGUGCUGGAAGGGUGGGGCUGAGGUGGGCGGGGCCUGCCUAGGGUGGCCAUUUUGGGGUGGGGCCCAAGGUGGGAGGUGGGGCCUGUGGCUCUGUUUGCCCCUGACGGCCAUCUUGGAAAAGGGCAGCGCUGUGCCGCUGCCAUCCUGACGUUGCUCCCCCAGGGCCAUGUUGGGGGAUUUUUAACCUGGUUUUGGGGCCAAUUCUCACCCAAUAAAAUUAAAUAAUGUAAAAAAACCUUAA